UAGAGGUGGCAACAUUGUUCGCAUAUACGGUGCAUUUCUAUCUAAUGGUCGUCCAUUUUGUGAAAUAACUCAGAAGGUGAAUGUUGAAUUUGUGAUUAACCGAAAAAAUUGAAUGAUUAAAGUGUUGUGUUUAUUUUCAACUACGAUAACAAAUAUGCACUAGGUUAAAAAUAUUAAAAACUUUGUGAAGAUGACUCAGUUUUUACCACCAAAUCUACUAGCUUUAUUUGCACCACGCGAUCCUAUUCCAUAUUUACCACCAGUCGCUAAGUUACCCCAUGAAAAGAAGAAUAGAGGCUACCUGGGCGUUAGUCAAUUUCUAGAUAGUUUUGAAGAUCCCAAAGACACUCCUCCACCAACAAAAGUUGAAACGAGAGAAGAAAGAUUAGAAAGGCGACGAAGAGAACGAGCUGAGCAAGUUGCUUAUAAAUUGGAACAAGAAAUUGCUGUAUGGGAUCCCGCUUCUGCACCUAACAGUACUUCAGAUCCCUUUAAAACACUUUUUGUUGCUAGAAUUAAUUAUGAUACUUCAGAGUCCAAACUUCGCAGAGAAUUUGAAGUAUAUGGUCCUAUUAAAAAGAUCUUGUUGAUUCACAACAGUAUCAAUGGUAAACCAAGGGGGUAUGCUUUUAUUGAAUAUGAACAUGAAAGAGACAUGCACUCCGCUUACAAACACGCCGACGGUAAGAAAAUUGAUGGUAGGAGGGUUUUAGUUGAUGUUGAAAGAGCUAGGACUGUCAAAGGAUGGCUGCCUAGAAGAUUAGGUGGCGGCUUGGGUGGUACUAGAAGAGGUGGACCGGACGUAAAUAUUAAACAUUCGGGUCGUGAAGACAACGAAAGAGAAAGGGAACGUUACAGGUUAGAGCGCGAGAGGGAAGAAAGGGGUAUUAAUCGAGAACGCGAAACUAGGGAUAGGGAUAGAGUUAGGGAAAGAGAAUUUGAUCGAAGGAGAUCUCGAUCUAGAGAAAGAAGAAGGAGAAGUAGAUCUAGGUCGCCAAGGAGAGAUAAGAGAAGAAGAAGCAAGGACAAAAUCAGAGAUGAGAUUACCAUCGAUGAUGACGGAUAUGAAAGUAGAAGAGAUCGAGAUAGGGAUCGUGAUAAAGACAGAAAGAGAAGAAGAUCGAAAUCUAGAGAUAAAGAUAGAGACGCUCGGAAGAGAGAACGUAGGGAAAGAAGAGAGAAGGAGAAGAUAGAAAGAGUUGAAUUUAUUAAGACCGAUGAGGGUAACGAUAUGGUUAGAGUCAAGGAAGAACCAGUUGAUGAUUACGAAUACACCAACUAUCAAUCUGCGGAUUUCGAUUCUGCAAAGAUUAAAUAUGAAGAAGAGGAUGAACAAAAAUAUGAACCACACCUUGAUACAAAUGGUAGGCGGUACGAGGACGAUUAUGAAGAAGGAGAAUACAAUAAUUAGCCACCAUUAUGACAUAUAAAUAUUCCACGGAGUUAGAUUUACCACAGCUUAAAAGCUUAAUUUAAGUCUAAUUGAAGUUAAAAAAAUUCUCAAUUUUUUUAGGUAUAUGCUAAUAUAUUUAAUGUGAUUGGUGUUAUUUGAUAAUUUUUGAUUUUUCUUUAUUUCCUAUCAAUUUGUGGAGUGUAAUAUCAUGAAAUUCGUUAUAUUAUGAGGAAAUUUUUUAUGUAUUGUUUCACCCGUUUACCAACCACAGGGUGUGUCACAUGAAUUAAAUAAAGUUCUUUAAAUCCGAAA